GUCGAAAGAGGAAGUAAUGUAGUGCACUAAGGGUAAGCUUGAAAGAAACUGCAUGACACUGAAACCAAUCAAGAGUUGUGUGCAGCAAGCUUACCUCAUCAAUCUGAACAGUUGGUUACUAUUCUAAGUCUUCAUGCAAAUUCAUUCUGAUUCGAGAAUUCCAGUUCCUCUAAUAGUGAUGAAGAAGUGAAGAUUGUUGUGAAAGUGAUGAAGCAGAGUGUUCUCAGUUAUGCAGAACGUGGAAACAGUUAAUUGUACCAGCAAGGUAAUCGAUGACGAUGAUGAUCUGUUUUGAGAUUAAAUAUGCAAAAUGAAAUGUUUAACAACUUACAGUUUAAGAAGAUGGGAAUCGGAAAUUAUUAUACAUUUUUCAGUUAUAACUUAUAAGUCAUCAAUUCCGUAUCAGUUCCAAUGAAAAUACUCACUUUGUUAAAAACUCUCAAAGAUUUGUUAUUUUCGUCAGAGACGGAUCCCAAGUACAUUGCAACUUCUUUAAAUUUAAUUAUUACAUAUAUUUAUUGACUUCUGAUUAAAAUAUAAUUUAGAAUCCCUUCAAAAAAAAAAAAAUAGAAUUAGAUCCUCUCCUAGAUAUGGUCAUGUUAGAGAAAAAGACACGAAAAUAAUUAGCGAGUCUCGUGACUAAUUAUGAGUUUGGUAAAAAUUGGGCUAAAAAUAAAAUACAUUUUUGUUCCUCAUCUUCUUUUUAAAUAAGUUUUACUUUAAUCCCUUAAAUUUAAAGUUUCAUUUUAAUUUUUUGAAGUCCCUUGUUAUAUUAAAUGGGUAUUUCUGUCAUUUCAGUAUAUUGUGUUAAAUUUGAUUAACAUAUGAUUAAAAUCGAACCCAAAUUCUUCCACUGACUAAAUAUUUUUCACUUAUAAACACUGCAAUCUUGCAUAAUUGUGUUAACUUUUUUUAUUUAUAUAUUGUUUGAUGUCAAUUUAAUGAUAAAUUAAUAUAAUGGUCAAUUUAAUUUAACAAAAACACUUUAAAUACCACAAUAUAACUUGUUAAACUUAAGUAAUCAAACUGAAAUUAAAAAAAAAAAGAUGAAGUGAUAAAAAAAAGAUAUUUUAACCUAAAAUUUGUGAAUUUAUCUUUGGUGAGAGAUCCAAAUCCAUUAAAAUAAAAGAUAUGUAUUAUUCUGCGAGACCCCGCAUAUAUGAUUUACAAAUGAGAUGACACAUGGGUGAACUAGCAUGCUAAAUAAGGUAGUGAAGAGCAAAAAAGGGGUCCUCUUGACCGGUUCUCCUUGUUCUUCAAGUUAUUUGCUAACAAAAACUCUUUUCUCAGACGUCCUCUGAUUUCCCGUUUCUGUGUAAUAUUAUUCAGAUUGGAAAAGGAGAAACGCAGGAAGAGAAAAAUAUUGUACAUUAUACAUGUAAAGAAAGGGACAUGCACAUAUAUAUAUAACGUGAAACAUAAGGAAGUGUAACAUAUAUAAGCAUAAAAAUGUGGGUGUUCUAUAUGUUCUCAUUGCCCGUGGCCGUUGGCAUGGUGAUUGUUACAUUGAAAUAUUUCUCUGGACCUGAUGUACCCAAAUAUGUGUUCUUCACCGUUGCAUACACAUGGUUCUGCUCCCUCUCCAUCAUCAUCCUCGUCCCUGCUGAUAUAUGGACGUCACUAAAUGAUGAUGAAAAUGAAGCAAUUUCCUUCUUGUGGAGUUUGACAUAUUGGAGUACCUUCUUACUUACAUGGGCUGUGGUUCCCACUAUUCAGGGUUAUGAAGAUGCUGGAGACUUCACAGUGAAAGCAAGAUUGAGGACCAGCUUACAUGGAAACCUUGUUUUCUAUCUGUGUCUCGGUUCUGUAGCACUCUUUGGAUUGAUAUUACUAAUUUCUUUGCACAAAAAUUAUUGGAGUGGUAAUGUUACCGGUUUUGCCAUGGCUUGCUCUAAUACAUUUGGACUGGUUACCGGUGCAUUUCUACUUGGAUUUGGUUUGAGUGAAAUUCCAAAAGGCAUUUGGUUAAGUGCAGAUUGGAACAUUGAGCAAAAAGUUCUUUCACAUAAAGUUGCAAAAAUGGCUGUCAAAUUAGAUGAUGCUCAUCAUGAUUUUUCAAAUGCUAUUGUUAUCACCCAGGCAACAUCGAAGCAAAUGUCCAAGCGGGAUUCUUUGAGACCCUACAUGAAUAUAAUUGACAAAAUGUUGCUUCAGAUGUUGAAGGAAGACCCCUCCUUCAAACCACAGGGUGGAAGACUAGGAGAAAGUGACAUGGAUUAUGAUACAGAUGAUAAAUCUAUGGCAGCACUAAGACGUCGUCUUAAGAGAGCUCGUGAACAGUACUAUCGAUAUAGAAGUGAAUAUACAAAAUUUGUCGUAGAAGCCCUUGAGCUGGAGGAUACCAUAAAGAAUUAUGACCGACGUGAUGCUACAGGAUGGAAAUAUUUUUCAUGCUUGAGGCCUGAACGCAUAGGCAAAGUAGGUGCGCUUUUGGAUACAAUAGAGUUUCUAUGGCGAUGUAUAUUAUGGAAACAGCUUGAGAAAUCAUUGGCUGUUAUAUUGGGCUGCAUGUCAUUUGCAAUUCUAUUAGCAGAGGCUACCAUACUCACCAGUGGAGUUGAUUUAUCCCUUUUCUCUAUCCUAGUACAUGCUGGAGGGCAGCAAGAGGUGCUUGUACAGUUGGCUGCUUUCAUCCCCUUAAUGUAUAUGUGUAUCUGUACAUAUUAUUCCUUGUUUAAAAUGGGAAUGAUGAUGUUUUACUCACUGACACCAAAACAAACAAGCUCAGUAAGCCUGCUUAUGAUAUGCUCGAUGAUUGCAAGAUAUGCAGCACCCAUUUCAUACAACUUUCUCAAUCUCAUUAAUCUUGGUGGGGGUAGAAAAACAAUUUUUGAACAAAAAAUGGGAAAGAUCAAUGACGCUGUUCCCUUUUUUGGAAAAGGAUUCAACAAAAUUUACCCCCUCAUCAUGGUUGUAUACACUUCACUAAUAGCAAGCAAUAUUUUUAACCGGGUCAUCAAGUAUUGUGGGAAUUGGAAAAUAUUCAAGUUCAAUGAUGAUGCAGAAGAUAUGGAUGGAUUUGACCCAUCCGGAGUAAUAAUAUUGCAGAGAGAACGUUCUCUUCUCCAACAAGGGCACAAAGUUGGUGAACUUGUUUUUCCUUUGGCAAGGAGUUUCAGUGUGACUAUGGAUGUCGAGUCCAACAGCAAGGCCAUGUUGAGAUGACUUGCAGCACUGAACCAAGAAAGCUAAUAAAAAAUCUGAGCAAAGAUUUGUAGAAGCAGCCUCAAACUAUCUCAAAGUUAGUCUUGUGUUACUAACUGCAACUCCUCCUCCCCUCCCUCUAUUUC